UUUUUAUGUAUGUAGGGACAUCUAGCUCCAAAAUAAAACUGACUUUUUUUUCCAGAUGUUAUUGAGGAGCAUAAAUUAAAAAACAUGAUGCUGGUUGAUGUUGCAGCCAGUGAACAAAACGAGGAUGUGUUGCUGCAAAAUGAAUCAAGACCACCUUCGGAAUCGACAAUUUUAAAUACAGCUUCAUUCCGUGGCUACUUUGAAGCCAUUGUGGGAGCUUUAUCGGCUGCCAUGCUUCUACUCAUAACAGCGAUUGUUAUUAUCAUUGUUAUGUCACAUCGCAAAAAAACUGUGCAAGAAAACCUAGUGGCAUUCAACGUUCCGUUUGAUAUCGACACUUUGAACGGAACGGAAUCUGUUAUGGGAUUUAAUAGCACUACCGAAAAGACGAAUACUAUUUCCAAAUUUCAGUACGUUCUGCCGGUGAAUGAAAAAAAGGAUCUUAUCUUAGAAUAUGCAGUGUCAUCACCAACGAAAUCAUGGACCGCAACUCAGCCAAUUCGGGUUCAGCAACAAUACAAUACUUUGCAUAAUAUUGUUCCUACCACACGCCGUGAUAAGGCUUCGAGUUUCAAUAGCUACGUCAACCCCUGUGUAGCCACAAUUCCCAACAAAAUAUUAGACGGAAAGUCUGGGCGGAUGGCGACGAGGUCGUCGGAUGUGAGCAGCAUCGCUUGGAACAUCAAACCUCAGUCUCACCGAUUUGCUGUCGAUAAUCUAUCGCUCGCGAUCGCGCGCGAUUUGGAACUUAAAAUUCAACAGGAAGAGCUGGAGGAACAGUGGGAGCUUUUUCGAGAACUGGAGAAACAUCAAGAACGAGGGAAAAAGCGAAUGCAGGAGCAAGAGCGAGAAAUGGAGGAGCAGGAUAGAGAGCUGGAACACUAUGAGCGUAAAGUGAUUCAAAACCUGGAGGAAAAUUCAAGAAUUGGAGGAUGA